AAAAACAAUUAUCCAUUUACACCUCCCAUGGUUGCUUUUCAACUCACCCAUCCCCUCCUUCCUCUGCAUGAGCUUACAUGUUUCAUUAAUACUGAAUUUCACUGAAAAGAAAAGGUUCAAGAACGAAAAUCCAUGUGAGAGGCUGCGAGAUAGUGAAAAUGAAGUUACAAAAAUCGUCAGUUUCAAUAAACUGUUGUUAAAAUCGAAGACGAAGAUUAAGUGUAAUUGGAGGAGAAGAAAUGGUGUGCUGUCAUUGUGGGAAUCGUCGGCGACCCGUUGCUCGACACCUCAUAUAAACCCAGUACUUUACAAAAAAAAAAACUCCAUUUCCCCAUGCAAGCAAAUGCAAUAAAAACAAAAGGUUUUUAUUUUUUCACUAACGUUUGUUUCCUUAUAUUUUGUUCUUAUGGCAUAAAGCUUUGAAAUUUUUUGAAUUUCUGUGGCUUUAUCUUCUUUGGGAUUUAUCUGUAAUUUUUCUCUGUUUUUGCCGAUUCAUUGAAGACAAGCCAUAUUUAUGCAAAGCUUGUUUUGGAAGGUAAUAUAAAAAGCUUUGAUUGUCUAUGAAGACAUUUAAAUCAUGGCAUGCACUUAUCAACAAAAGAAAUGCUUUAUAUGAAUUGGGAAAAAUUGGAUUUAAAAUGAAGCAGCUUCCAUUUAUGGGAGUUAUAUGUAUAGUUAUGUUGUUCAUUGUGUAUAGAACCACAGUUUAUCAAUAUCAUAAGACUGAGAUGGAAAUGAAAUUGUAUCGAUUCGAAAUGGUGAAGGAUUAUCAGCAGCCUUCAGGGAAAUUGAGAAGUUUGCCUCGUGGUAUCAUGCAAGUGCGUUCAGAUUUGGAAAUAAGGCCACUUUGGAUGAGUAGUAGUUCGCGACAGGCUAGUGUUAACACGAAUAAGAACUUGCUGGCAAUGCCAGUUGGUAUCAUGCAAAAAGAAAACGUUGACGAUGUUGUGGAAAAGUUUCUUGCAGCGAAUUUUACGAUUAUUUUAUUCCAUUAUGAUGGCAAUGUGGAUGGAUGGUGGGAUCUUGAUUGGGGUGACAAAGCCAUUCAUGUAGUAGCUCAUAACCAAACAAAGUGGUGGUUUGCAAAGCGCUUUCUACAUCCCAAUGUCGUGUCAAUUUAUGACUACAUAUUUCUCUGGGAUGAAGAUUUGGGGGUGGACCAUUUCGAUCCGAAAAGGUACCUACAAAUUGUAAAGACAGCAGGCUUAGAGAUUUCUCAGCCGGCUUUAGACCCGGAUUCAACAGAAAUACACCAUAAAAUCACUAUACGUUCAAGAACAAAGGAGUUACAUAGGAGAGUCUACGAGCUCAGAGGUAAAACGAAGUGUUCAAAAGCAAGUGAGGGGCCACCAUGCUCUGGAUUUGUGGAGGGAAUGGCUCCGGUUUUCACGAGAUCUGCUUGGUAUUGUGCAUGGCAUCUUAUACAGAAUGAUCUUGUUCAUGGAUGGGGAAUGGAUAUGAAACUAGGGUAUUGUGCACAGGGUGUUCGUUCGAAGAAGGUAGGUGUGAUCGAUAGUGAGUACAUUGUACAUAAGGGCAUACAAAGUUUGGGUGGGAGCGGGUAUCCCGCAACAAGGACAACCGUAAAGAGAAAUGGGGCUUCGGGUUUUGAUCUACGAACCCAGAUUCGGAGGCAAUCAACAUGGGAACUUGAAGUCUUUAAAGAGCGAUGGAAUCGAGCCGUGGAAGAAGACAAGAACUGGGUAGAUCCAUUUCUAAGGUAUCAGAGCCGCAAAAAACAGACGUCAACACAUUUACGUAGUUAGAUAUGUUUGAUGGGUACUUGCACAUAAGUAGUUCCUCACCCUUACUCUCAUUUUAGACUACCUUCUGAAUACGUAGAAACGUGUUUUACAUUUACACACUGAGUCUGAGUAAUUUAUGUUUUAUUAUUAAUUUUAUUUUAAUUUAAUAA